AUGGCUGCCACCACGCCCUCGCUGGCGGAGAUCCGCGCCGCCGUCGACGAGUACAUUGCUGGCCUGUCCGACCGGCUGUUCGAGCUGAACCAGAAAAUCCACCAGCGCCCUGAGCUCGCCUACAAAGAGCACUACGCCCACGACACCAUCUGCGACUUCCUGGAGACCCUCGGCUUCACGCCCACGCGCCACGCCUACGGGCUCGACACCGCCUUCGAGCUCAUCAGCGGCGCCCCCGACGACGACGCCCGCACCGUCAACUUCAACGCCGAGUACGACGCCCUGCCGGACAUCGGCCAUGGCUGCGGCCACAACCUCAUCGCCACCGCCAGCAUCACCGCCUUCCUGGGCCUGGCCCACGCCAUCGACAAGUUCGGCCUGAACGGCCGCACCCAGCUGCUGGGCACCCCCGCCGAGGAGGAUGGCGGCGGCAAGAUUGAUCUGUUGAACGCCGGCGCCUACAAGCACGUGGACGUCUCGCUGAUGCUCCACCCCGAGACCGAAGACGCCUUCACCAAAUUCGGCGCCAUCGGCUCCGGCGGCCUGGGCGCCGUCGCCUGCUACGACAUCAUCUGCCGCUACACGGGCGUCAGCGCGCACUCGUCGGCGUGUCCCUACGAGGGCAUCAACGCGCUCGACGCCGUCGUCGCCGCGUACAACAACAUCUCCAUGCUGCGCCAGCAGAUCCGGCCCGAGGAGCGCAUCCACGGCACCAUCCUGCACGCGCCCAAGAUCACCAACGCCGUGCCCGAGCUGGCCGUCACCAAGUACACCGUGCGCAGCGCCACCGCCACCGGCGCGCGCGCCCUCGGCGCCCGCGUGCGCAAGUGCCUCGAGGCCGGCGCCCUCGCCACCGGCUGCUCGCUCGCCUUCGACGAGAGCCCCGUCAUGGCCGACCUGCGCAUCAACACCCCGCUGUGCGACUCCUGGAAGGCCCACAUGGCCGCCCAGGGCGAGCGCAUCCUCGACCCGGACCCCAACGACCUGUCCGGCUCCACCGACCAGGGCAACGUCACCCACGCCGUGCCGGGCUUGCACGCCCUGCUGGGCAUCCCCGUCGUCGACGCCGCCAAUAUCCACACCCACGGCUUCGCUGCCGCCGCCGCCACGCCGUUUGCUCAUGACCGCACCGUCAUGGGCGGCAAGGCCCUGGCGAUGACUGGUGUGGAUGUGCUGCUGGACGAGGAGUUUUAUGCCCGCGUCGUGCGUGACUUCGAGGAGGAUAAGAAGCGGAGAUAA